UAGACGGGUUCACUCGUUCGUCGAUUUGAUUGGUGUAAUAUUGAUCACAGGUCGUCCUGUGUCGUCUAGGCCGCGGCUGUCGGCACCGCUCCUCAUAAACGUUUAGCAUUUCAUGCGGACUAAACCCUGCCGUCGCUGAACGGAAACCGGACAUCAGAACAGCAAGCGAGACAGAAUGAACGUAUCCGUCGUUUGUACAUCAAAAGAUAUUUAACAGUGCCGCGUGUCUCGUGAUGGAGGACUGGAGCGAGUGUUUGGAAGUGGCCGUGCAGAUCGCGCGCAGAGCCGGACAGGUGGUUCAAUCAGCGGUGAAGCAGGAGAAGCGUGUGAGCAGCAAGAGCACCCCCACAGACCUGGUGACCGAAGCAGACCAUCAGGUUGAAGAGCUCAUAAUAUCCACACUCAGGGAGAGAUACCCCUCACACAGGUUUAUCGGAGAGGAGUCAUCUGCGGCUGGGGAGAAGUGUGAACUAACAGACAGCCCAACGUGGAUAAUAGAUCCAAUUGAUGGGACAUGUAACUUUGUGCACAGUUUCCCAAUGGUGGCAGUAAGCAUCGGCUUUGCAGUUAGGAAAGAGCUUGAGAUUGGGGUCAUCUUCCACUGCUUUGAUGGGACGCUGUAUACAGCCAGGAAAGGACACGGAGCGUUUUGCAAUGGGGUUCGGCUACAAGUUUCGAAAGAAAAAGAUGUGUCCAAGGCCCUCAUUUUGACAGAGAUCGGGGCAAAGAGAGAUCUAGCCACACUAGAUAUCUUUUUAGGAAAUAUGAAGAAACUCUUGAGCACACCUACUCAUGGAGUGCGGAUCAUUGGCAGCUCUACACUAGCACUCUGUCAUAUAGCCAGUGGGGCGGCUGAGGCCUAUUACCAGUAUGGCCUGCACUGCUGGGACAUUGCAGCGGCCGCAGUCAUCAUCAGGGAGGCAGGAGGCUGUGUUAUCGACACUACAGGGUGUCCCCUCGACCUCAUGUCCAGACGAGUUGUAGCUGCUGGGACACGAGAGAUAGCAGACUAUAUCGUAAAGCAGCUGCAGCCUAUAAACUACGGGCGUGAUGACAGUGACACAAACACCCUGGCCUGAGCACUGCCAUGACCUCUGACCCCAUCCUAAGCCUUUUACCUCAGGGCACACAAUCCUGCCACAUUUGCAGUGCCCUUUUAAUGCAACAUUAAAAAAAUGUAUAGGUUUUAUUUUUUAUGGUUUAACAUCAUACUGUUGUUUUGCUUUCCAGUCACUGGACACAUCCCAAACUCACAUGGCAUACUUCUGAGUAAAUCAUUUUUAGGUAAACAUAAAGAUAUGUUGUAAUCACUGUAUGCACAACCAUUUUUAUAUACAUAGUAGUUUAUUCUGAAAAUAUAGGAGGCAGAUUUUCAUCCUGUUUAAAACUGGAUUUAUAAUAUGCUAUUUUAUAGUUUUAGAUGCCUUGAAAUGGCAGGAUGCUGAUAAUGCCAAAUUCAACUAGUUUUCAUUACGAAUAUAACACAAAUUUGAUUUCACACUACAACAAGUGAGAAACAUACAGUUAAUGAAAAUCAAUAUAUGGUCAAAGAAAAGCAACAAGUUAUGAACUGAAAUAGGUCUUUAAUAUGUGUAUAUUUAAUUUGAGUUAAUAAAUUUAAAAAAGUGGAUGCUAUGUAUGCCGUAUGGUCAGGCAACUGAAAUAAUGUAGGAAUAUUAUGCUAAUUAAAUACAUGCAGCUAAUUAGAUAAUUACUUGAGAAUUAUUUUCUUUGUAAUGGAAGUUGUCAGUUAAAGGGACAGAUCAUCAACAAUUUAAUUCUGUUAUCAUUUACUCACCCUUGUGUUGGACCAAACAUAUGACUUUCUUUCUUCUGUGGAACAAUAACGGAGCUGUUGCUUUUUUGACAGUGAGAUAAAUGAUGACAGAAUUUUUAUUUUGAGUGAACUAUCCCUUUAAGGUUAGUUGCUAGUUUUGUUUAGUUUUUUAAAGAAAAGUACAUAUGUACAGUUAUAAAAAAAAGAAAGACAAAACUGGUUUGUUAAUGUUAAUCAAUAAUUCUGCGAUCAUGCACCAUACAGCAGUAGACGUGUUUAGUUUUAUUAUGGUAAUUUCUCGAAGAAUAGCUACAUCCGACCAAAUGCAAUUAAUGAACUAAACAUAAAAAAAGCUUAGUGAUUAUAUAAAGGUUAUACUUUCAAUUACAGGCACACACUGCAGUUUUAACAUGUUUUACUUUUGAAUAUUUUCCCAAUAGUGGAUGAUUACAGUACAAACAGAAGUUGUAAUACAAAUACACAUUUUCCACUGGGACGUUUUAUUAGUUUUUCCUGCUGUGAACUUCUCUGUGUGUAUCAGGGCAACAUUGAUCUGUCUGGUAUGAAAAAUAAAA